AUGGACAACAUUGCGUUGCCUGUGCAACUCGAUGCUUUCAUCCUCAACAAGCCGGUAGUUGAAGAAGGGGAGACGCUCAUCGCACCUAUAACUCAACCCGACUAUGUGUCACUGAGGCUGGAUGCUGCUGUCUUGCAACACGAUCUCCUGCCCGCCAUAGACCUUCAUAACGCAAAGCCGGCGACUGGGAACCCUAGGGUAUCCAAGGUCUACUCCGCUCCGUUUGAAAACCUCCAACCAGAUGUGCCUGCGCCGCAACCGGCGAGCAUUGGACUCGACCAGUCCCGGUUCGGGGUGUAUCUUCACUGGACCGUUCCUCGUGGAUAUAGAACCGGUGUUUCCAAAGACCAACCGCUGGCGGAUCGGAACGAUGCAACGCAACAAAAUGCUUCCAAAGAAGCUGCGCAACCGACCUUCAAGCAGGUUCCGGACCGAUGGCUACUUGUUCGAAUACUUCGGAAUUUCGAGCCAAAGUCUGCCAAAAUCGAGCCUGUGACAGCAUGGAUCAUCGAGUCAAAUCGCCUAAGCACGCUGGACGAACUCAGUUCCGACGUGGAUCUUGAGACAGAAGUCACUCCCUUCGUGGCCUACAACGAUGAUGCAACGACUAACCCAGACCUUCUCAACAACCAGGCUGAGAUGUACAUAGGCUACAAGACGCCGCUGCAGGGUUGGAGUGAGGAUCAAAAGGUACGUCGGGUGCCGUUGACUACGAUGAACUCGUCCAAUCCGCUCUUUGCCGACUACGCAAUCCACAACCCUAACGUGUUCUCCACUUCCGACAACUUCGCCUACGGUGAUGGCUCUCAGUUCUUGACCAGCGCUACAUGCGACUAUGUAGUUAUAGGUUGGCAUUCGACGGUCUUGAGCCCUGGAAACCCAUCGCCGCCGCCUACUGAUCCGUUGAUCGAGCUACCAGCGAUGUCCAGCCUCGACCGGAGCUUGAGAGGGCGACUACAAGCGAUGUUCUGUCAGUUACCGACUGGUGUUUCUCAUGAUGCGGCCAAUGCUCCGGAUGGAAGACGGCUCGUCUGCUACAGUGCACUCUACAACGUCAAGUAUGAUGUGACAGAGAAACCAAGCACGCCUUCCGAUACCUAUGCAAAAAACUUUACUGCGUCGACAGACAUGGAGCCGGUAUCUAUCGGUACAUCUCCGUUAGACGCCAUCCUAACCUUUCUCGAAGCCCACCAGGAUCCAUCAGAUGCCGCCUGGGAAGGCUCGUUGUUGAAUGACGUAGGCUCCAGCACAGCGAGAACCCUCCGCUCGAUGACCGAGCUACUGUACGCUUCGGAAGACACCUACGACGAACGCAUCAAGGCAGCAGAUCUGUUGUACGACCACAACUUCACCCGGUCGGGCGGUCGCUUCGUGUGGCGAUACGACAAGAAGAAGGCUUCCGUCAACGCGAACGGUCAAACCAUUGUCGAUGCAGAUCCUCCCGCAACCCCAGGCGCAGUCGAGGCAGAAGAUCUUGCAAGGCUGAACAACAUGCAGAAAAUUGCUGAUGCCAGCACCUCGAAGCUACAGCUGCUACAAUUCUCGCUGUUCGCAGAGUUCUUCAAAUUCGCGAGUGAUAACGACGGAACGUCUCGGACGAGCAUAUAUUCAUCUCGCAUUCAGCAAUUACGAGACGAGGGCAGGAACCUGAAGUCCAAACUCGAUAUGAUUACUGAAGAGAUCUUUAACAAGAGCAAGGAGCUCACUGUCCAGAGAUUUGCAGACGAGUCCUUCUUCAGCAAGAAUGACCCAACCCUAUGCAUUGCCGGCCUUGACUCUGGGUGGCCAGUGAACUACAUGGAGAAUGUACCGACUCGGCUGACAAGCUCCUUCGGUGCACCCCAGAACCCGGCACUAGCAGGCAUGGUUCAGCCCACAUUGGACCUCAUCGAAAGGAUGCCACUUGCGUCAGAUCUUACCAGCACAAUUGGAAAGGUGUUGCGAGAAGCCUCCGGCGGCUUGCCAGCAGAUGUUUUGGGCCAUUUGGCUUGGUCUCAAGAGCAGCCGUUCCGGCCACAAUUCAUCGAAUGGGAGGGCGUGUACUAUCACGUUGGAGACUUUGACAGUCAAUGGGAUAUCGGUUUGGACUACACGGGGACCAGCGAAAGCAACCACGAACAACUGCGUUACAUUAAUCCGAGCCCUCUUUACGAUCCGGCCAACCCAACCAAUGCAACGGAUCCUCAGCAAGACAGCCGGCACCUGUGGGGCCGCAUUCUCCUCUUGCCCCAGCCCUCGUUUGCACUGGCAGCCGUUGUGAACCAAGUACUCAGUACAGCAACAGACGAUCAACUCCCGGCCGAGUUGAAGGAUCCCGAUCCGAAGAAGGCGAAAGCGCUCAAGGAUGCGUUUGUGGCCGCCUGCGGGAAGCUCAGGUUCGUCAGCGGCCAAUUGACUGGCGUGAGCGACGCAUUACUCACCCUUGCAAACGGCCAGCAUAUGAAACCAAAUCUGCGUAGCAUCGGGCAGCUUCCGGUUCCGAUGAAAGCUGCUGUUGACUUUGGACAAAGAUACCUCGGGAUGACGGAGGAGGACUUUGUUUUCAUGGACUCGCAGACUGCAAAAACUCCCUAUGGCACGCUCACAGACUUUGGAGCUGAUCCCAAGUAUGAGGUGUUCAAGCCCGUACAGCAUGGCCAGUUUGUCAUCACAAACAUCACCAUCGUUGACAAGUUCGGCCAAGCAAUCGCCGCUCCUCCGCCAGCGAGGACACCGUACGAUGCGCCGGUAUUUCAUGAGGCGAUCCACCCAUGCCUAUCCGAUCGGCUUCUCCCAACUGUCAUGCCUGACAAGACCCUCAAUGUUGUCUUUAGCCCGCAACAAGUGCAGCCGGACGCUCCGACCCACUCUGGGUACCCAAUGAGCCCUUUCAUCCAGCUAACUCCCUCUAUCAAUCAAGACUGUCGAGCAAAUGCUUGCUUUGUUCAAAAGAAUGGUGACGGCAAUGGAAAGUUCCUUAAGUGGAGCCCUUCGAAUACCUGGGAAAAUCCCAUCUUUGGCUGGGUCAUUGUAAACUAUGCCGAUUCAGCUUUGCAGUUCUUUACCGCAGCGGGCCUAUUCUACACCUCUGUGCGCUUUGGAGGCCCGUUCGGUCUAAUUCAAAGUCAGAAAUGGCUUCCUUUCGAUGAACCGCCUAGUGCGACCGCCUCGGUGUCAGAUCAGUUGCGCGACCUUGUCGCAAAGCUGGUUGACGGAACGCCAAUGCAGGAUUCGAUCGGAAAGCCGACCACCACAGGCAUACAAUACACGCUUGCGCUGUGGAACACGAUAGAAACGGCGAUUCAAAGCAUGCCACAGACGCCGACGUCGUAUGCAUCAACCGCAAACGCUAUUGUCGGCAAACCUUUGGCUCUUGUGAACGUUGGGUGGAGUCUUGAGCUGGCGCAGCCGCCUCUAUGGCCACAGUAUACUCCCCAUGAGCCGCCAGACCUUGCGACGCUGAGGCAGAAGGCUGCGGAUGAGAUGGGCAAAUACAGAUUCAAGGUGAAAAUCGGUGAUCGAGAUCGUCCCUUCGAUGGUGUCGUAGUGUAUUGGGACAGUCAGAACCAAGAGGCUCUGGACAAUAGGCACGGUCCGGGCUCGACCGUCUUCGACACUUUCUACUGCUUUCCCAGACCCAGCACGCCUCCAGAGCCAGCAGAUACCCCAGGGUACCCUCGAACGUUCAUUGAUCCCGACAAUUUUCCAAAGCUGCAGCCCUAUUUCCUUGAUCCCGACGCAGCGGUUGCCGAUUCUACCGACUUUCUCACCGCGCACGCCUCGCAUCUCAUGAUCAAGACCCUACUGAUCGACCCGUAUGCACCAAUCCAUCUCUACAGCGGCAUCCUGCCCAUCAAACGACUUCAAUUGCCAGGAUGGGUACUCUCUGAGCCCACGAAGAACAUGACCGCUUUCUUCUCCAUGGGUCCCUUGCUUAUGACAAAGGAUGUACCGAAGAAGUGGAACCAGGCCAAGAAAGCAACGCCGACUUCAUGGUUAUCGUCGCAAGGGACCGAUAUCAAGGACGCGGGCAAGCCGGACAUACAGCUUACUGUGGCCGGCACUAAAGGACAAUGGAGAUGGCUGCAACCAUACUCCAGAUUCACGGAUGAUGGCAAGCCAACAACUGAGUACAUGACUCUGACGGUGGGACAGGAGGAUGGUGCCACUAGGAGUGAUCCAGCACCGUACACUUUUGUCGAAGGCUUCCUGCAGUUGGCCGCUCCCCUUCUCCCGCCAGCUCACGUUGACUGA